AUGGAUGCUCCAAGUUUUGAUGACAAAGGGUUUGGGCCACCUCCAGCGAAAUGGAAAGGCACCUGCCAAUUAGGAGGCAACAUUUCAGGCUGCAACAAUAAGGUGAUAGGAGCAAGAGCAUAUAACCUGGACCCCUUGACUGGGGAUUUGAAUUCAACACCGGCUGAUGAAAUGGGCCACGGCUGGCACACUGCGUCAACAGUAGCAGGCAAUCCUGUCCAAGGUGCAAAUCUAUAUGGCCUAGGUGAAGGCACAGCUCGAGGAGGGGUUCCCUCAGCAAGCAUUGCUGUCUACAAGGUCUGUCGCCCUGGCUGUAGCGACAUGAGCAUACUUGCAGCAUUUGAUGAUGCCGUUAAUGAUGGUGUUGACUUAUUGUCAUUGUCCAUUAGUGGCUACUCCCCGGGUCGCUUGCACGACUCCAUAGCCAUCCGUGCAUUUCACGCCAUGAAGAAAGGUAUCUUGACAAGCUGUGCCGCCGGAAAUGAGGGGCCGUAUUUGCAUACAUUGAAUAAUGGGGCUCCUUGGAUUUUCACUGUUGGUGCUAGUGCUACGGACAGAGUGUUUAAGACUCCAGUUAGAAUCGGCAAGCACACGAAAACUUUGGUAACCAUCUUUCUCUUCCUGCAUUCAAAGGGGGGUUCUAUGAAUACCUUUCAUCUCAAAAGGAAAACGUACCCUUUUACUAGUGGAGCAAAAGCAAGCAUGCCGGGUGAAAAGGACUUUAACUGUAAGAAUCAGGAAUUGGACCAUGAUCGCUUGAAUAAAGAGCUAUGUGAGAUUGAAACUUUAGAUGAAAAGAAGGUCAAGGGAAAAAUAGUUUACUGCAAUGGAGGAAACAAAAAUUAUAUCAUUAAGAAUAUGGGUGGAAUAGUUGUAAUUAUGGGUUGCGAACCCGCCGCCAGAGAUGCUGGAUAUUCUUUUAUAAUUCCUGCCGCAUGA